AUGCUCGUCCCUCUGCUCGUCUCGUCGAUAGCAGCCGGUCUGCUCUCCGUCACCACCUACUUUCCUUACAAGAACCACCUCAAGCUUCACGGUGACACCCUCGACAAGGCGGCUCUCUCUUCGAACCAUCUGCUCAACAUCGAAAAUUGCUAUCCCAUCUCAACACGGUUGCCACACGAGCCAGCUGCGUCUGUCGAGCCUCAGUUCUGCGAGGAUGUCGUUCUGGAUCAACGCUCCGGUAUGGCGUAUCUCAGCUGCGACCCCACCAGGCUGACCUGGGAUGCUCGCGCAGGCAUCUACGAGGACGGCAGCGACAAGCUCGCCUCGGAGUACGGCACGCCCGCUAUCUGGGCCUGGGACACACACAAACGCGGUCUCGCUCGCAAGCUCUACAUCUCGCUCCCGCCCCCCGAGUAUCCCAUCCAGCCACCCGCCGAUUUGCGCUCCACCUUUCACCCGCUCGGCAUCGCAGUCACUGCAUCGCACCCUUACUUUGUCGAAGAGGUGGAUGAGGGGGUCGAGCCUCGACCGCCGCCGCCUGCGAACCUGGUCAUUGUCGCCAACAAGCCCUACGCCGAUCGCCCCGGUGUGGUCGACAUCUUUGUCCACGAUCUCGACAAGAUCGGUCGCAAGGACCAUGCGACGCUGCGCUGGCUCAAGCGCGUCGAGGGCGAGGCACUCACCGGCACCCACGUCGAUAUGGAUACACCCUUCAAAGUGGACCCUUUCCGCAUCGCCGUCUUCGAAGAGCAGUACUCGCAGCCCUUCGACCGCGACUACCCAGAGCCGCAGCAUGUCCGGGACAAUCCCGACCACCUGGCCGGAUUCCAUGAUGACGAUGUUGCGGGCAAGGCGUUGCGUUCUAUCCGCAUCCCCAGCUUCUUCGUCACCUCCCUCCCCGAUCGAAGCGGUUCAUCUGUGGCCAAAGGGCGAUCUUCGCUCUUCUCAGCCGUCUGGCAGCCCGUCGCCUCGCUUUUGUCUUCGCACUACUCGCUCAGCAGCGACCCAACCACGCGAAAGGUCUUCCUCCACCAUUCGUCGAUCAACAAGACGCUGUCCGUUCGACUCGACGGUACCGACCCGGAGCAAUGGGAAGGGUUCCCACCGCUCCUCCAGACUUGGAACGGAGGAGGCAAGGCCGCUGGCGCCAACUCGUCCGCUACCGCGCUCUACAUCCCUUCGCUCGGGGCGGAUUCGGCCAAGGUGCAAGAGUGGGAGCAGCAUUGGGUCCGAGGUAUCGCAGGUGGUAUUCGGGAUCACAACGUCCUCCACAAAUCCACCACCUCCGAUGGGCAGCCGAACAACCUGCUGCGCAUUUACAAGACGUAUACGCCUUCGUUCGUGCAGUUCUUUGCGGCCGAGCACGAGAUGCCGGUGAGGGCGAUGGUGGUGGAUCCGCAUGGACGAACGUGGACUGCUGGCAACCCGUCCACUCGUGCGGUCGAAGACUGGCUCGCCUUCCAGCGCGAUGAACGGAGGAGACGCUUGGGACUUCCUGUCUCGAGCGGGACGUUGUCCAGUUCAGAUCGACCCCCAAGACCAGCGGGUAGGAUCGAUCAGACCACCUACGUCUUCCGUCACUUUGGUAGCGUCGUCGCCCACCCUUGGGAGUCGGACAAGCUCAAACUCAAGAAGCAAAAAGGCGUCUUCCUGCGUAAAGAGUUUCAUACGUUUAAUGUGUUCAAGAGUCCGCAGGAGACCAAGGCCGAGAGCGAGAGUAGAAGUGAGGAGGAGGAGCGAAAACGUGGAUUCUUGCCCACCGUACCGACAGGGUUGGCGGUGGAUAUUAAGCGCAAACUGCUGUAUGUUGCGGGUGCGUAUGAGGAGCGCGGUGUGGCUAUCUGCAAGCUUCCCGAGGACUGGAUCGAGGCGUAG